AGGUAAAAAUUUUACAUUUGGAGCCCUAAGAAGAAAAAUAUAAUGGUGCGUGGAAACAUUAGCAAAUACCCUGCUGCAAAGCAGAGUUUACAAAUGUAUUCUCAAGAGCAAUCCUCAUUAAAAUCUUAUAGUAAAACAGAUGUCCUGGGUAAAUGUAGCUUGGAUGUAGGCAUUAGUCAACAGGAUUUUGUGACUAAGUUGCAUCUUGUUGUUCCCUGUACCAAUGACAACAAGAGUGAGGACUUGCUGCCACAGCUCUCAACUCUCAUUACUAACUACAAGAGCUUUAUCAUCAGACAGCUCCAUCUUGAUGUGCUAGUGUCUUAUGAGUUCAUUCAGAGCUUCAUUAAGUUAGGUGAGGUGCAAUGCAUUAGUGAAGGCACACUUCUUGGCAGCCAUGACUGCUGUGCUCUGUACCCCACUGGACGCCUAAGUCUCCUGCUGUCUCACCACACCUACCACGCUCUCGGGCUAGAGGGUUCACCUGUCACUAACAUACUCAGGAAGCCUCAUCAUCGAUAUGCGGUACACAUCAAUACACUAUCUCCUGGUUUCCAUCCCCCCCGGCGCGGCUACGAGCGCACGUUAAGUUGCCUCCGCAAGCUCAAGAUGGACUUCAAGGUCUCGUGGGAGCCCAACUCUGCCUCGGUGUGUCCUUCUUCUAUUGCCAAGUAUUUCAGUGACUUGGGCUACAGCGUUGGGCCGCUGAUCUCGCCUACAGUGCGGCACACGGUGUUGAGUAAAGUGCCCCUACCUCUUAUUUCUUGGCAAGGGAAAGAGUGUCUCCAGCAGCAGCUCAGGCUUCUGGGUCAAGAAAAUGUAACAGAGACUCCUGAGGCUCGAUGUGAUGAACACAUAGAGACUGAUGCUGAUGUGCUUAGUUUCCUCGAGGAUGUUGGAUGCCUGCUUCUGGAUAUCAAGCCAAAAAGCAGCUCCGGUGCCAGGGGUCUGGCCGAGCAGGUUCUCUGCUUGCACUGCGACGGCUUCUUCAGCGCUGCUGCCGUGCGCCGGAUCCUCGUCAAUGUUCGAGCGCUGCAUGAGAGUCCAGAGAUGCGGUGUCCGUGGGUGUGUUUAUCCCUGCACAGCCAUCCCGAGACUCCGUUUGAGCGACGCGGCACAGGCAAAUGCCAUAGAAACACAACAAACAGUCACCAGAUCUCAUCUGAGAAGAAAGAUUGUGGUCGCGCUUCGUCAGGAGGUCUGCCGUGCGCAAGGGCGUCGUGCGACUGCGGGAUGGUGGAGUGCGACCAGCACGCGCUCGGUGCAGGAGCUCUGCUCGCUGUCAUCACCGCCGACCAAGACGCGUGUUGGUUCAGGGGCGGCAGCGCCGGGAUUCGACAUCGCUACUAUACCAAGACUUCCAAUAAUAAAUGACGCUACGCAUG